AUGGAAGCAACCCCUGAACCAGACGCCGCUGCUAGCAGCACUUCAACCCUGAACAAUAUGCCGAUUGACCUACCCCAUCGUCCCAAAAAGAUGGUUAAUGAAGACUCUGACCAGAUACAGGUCGAAGCCCAGGAGGAUAUGAGUAAAGGUGAUAAAGGAAAAGCUGAAGAAACCGAUAGGAACCAGGAAGUCGAGGCUACGAAGGCCACAGCGGAAUCUACAGAUAAGACCAUAUCAGUCCCCGUGAAGAAGAAGCCCAAGAAGAAAUCUAGAGGAAAGAAAGGCAAGAAGAUCACAGGUUUUGAGGAGUACUACGUUGACCCGCCUAUGACUCCUGCUGAGCAUGAAGAGGAGAAAUCCAUCUACAGCCAGCGCCUCGAGACAGCAAUACAGAGAUACCAAGCUAAACGACGUCUUGAUUCUGAUAGGAGACACAUCUUCACGAAGUACAUGGCCUUUGGCGGUGUCGAUGUUGGACCAAAGAUGUUCGAAGGAAAUGACCAGCGAGACCUUCAGUCCAUGGAUGCAGAGGCCAUUGCAACGGCGACUGCUUCCUCUAAUAUUCCUCAGGACCGUGAGAAAUGGAAUGUUGACUUUGAAACUGUUGCGAAGGGGUUUUUAUCAUCCGUUUUCCCUCAAGUUUUUGCUAUCGACACUGAGGAGCUUGUCCGGCUCGGAACUAACACUAUUAAAAACUUCCUCAACUACAUCUUACACCAUGAUGUCUGCCCGGAGUAUCGAGACGACAUCAUGGCCGCUCGCAAAGUAACCAAUCAGGCUGCCGAUGAGCUGUGGAAGACUUACCAAGCCGAUUCCAACGCCCCAGGUGACUUCAACAUGGCUUGUAGUACACUCUUUGGUGGUUCAUUCUUCGAUACAUACACUGAGGAACGAGAAUGGGUAGAAAACUCAAACACAAUUCCAUUCAUGACGAUGACCGCUGCCAGAAAGGUAGUCAAGUUUGGGAUUGCUGCUGCAGGGAGCCUCGAGCAGGUGGUUAAGUUCCGAGACUUGGCCGUGUCCAACCAGCUUCGAGCGACUCUCGUGCAUGAAUACGGAUUUGAAGUUACAGAAGUUAUCCCUCCAUCUACUGAGGUCACUAAAUUUUACGAACUGGAUGCUCCUGAUCUCAAAGCGGUUGGAAAAAUACAGGCUGUCGCAUGGCGUGACCCCAGCUUGCCAGAUGAAGACCUUGCACCGGGUGAAGAGCGAGCCCCUUACAGCCAUAUGAAGUUUGAAUUCUUUGUGGAGAAGAGCCUUCUCUCACACUUCUUUGUUGGAAUGAAGGUCGAUGCAAACGUGUGGGAGCUCAGCUGUGGCAUUCAUUAUUUCGACAAAUUCAUGGCCACCUAUUGCUCGUUCUAUACCACUUUGCCGAACGAAGGGAUCUUGAGCUGGAAAGAGCCUCGGGAUUUAAGGGGAGACCAUAUUGUCUGGGGAUCGAAGAGGACUGGAAAGGACGAAGAUGAAGAUGAAGAUACUGAUAUCGAGGCUUGA